AAGAAGCAGCAGAGAAACAGCUACGACAACGGCAGCAGCUUCAGGUACAGCAGCAGCAGGCAGUUGGCAGCAGAGACACUGACUGGCGUUUGUGCAAGCUCAAGCCAUGCUUGAGCCCCCUCACCGCCUAUCCCGGCCCGUGAGACACGGGGACGCUCCAUGGAGCCCCGUGGUCCAUUUGCUGUGGCGGCGGUGCUUACGGUUUGGGUUGCCCUCAGCGCGGGCCUGAUCAUUUUCAACGCCGAGCUGCUGAGCCAUUUCCGGCAUCCCAUCCUGUUGACCUGCUGGCACCAGUUUGUCAGCGUUGUGCUCAUUCUGAGCGUACGUGUGGCGUUCCCUUCAGUGGUGUACACGGGUGACAGAGAGAAGCAUUUGCGUCCGCUGACGUUCCUCUCGGCCAUAUGGCUGGGCCUGCCCGUGGCGGUUUGCCAGAGCAUCAGCCUGGUAUGUGGGAACACAGCCAUCAUGUAUCUGAGCCUCGCAUUCUGCCAGAUGAUCAAGGCUUUCACCCCUGGUGCUGUGUACCUCUGUGGCUGUGCGCUCGGCACGCAGCAGUGGUCGAUGCCGAUCGUGAAAUGCCUCUGCGUCAUCACCUUUGGUCUGAUAGUCACGAGUAUUGGCGAGCUGAACUUUCAUCUGUUCGGCUUCGUGAUGCAAGUAACGGCCCUGCUGAGUGAGGGUCUGCGCAUCACCUUCCUGGAGCUGCGUCUGAAGUCGCAGGGGUACAGGCUGAACGCGCUGUCCUCAGUGAUGGUCUUCGCACCCAUGGUUUGCAUAGUUCUGCUUGGUACUGCCCUACUCUUCGACAGAUCUGCGUUUGAUGCACAGCAGAUCGGCGAGAUCGGCGUGUGGAUCUUCGGUGCCAACGCUUUUUUGGCCUUCCUUCUCAACGUCGUAAUCUAUCUCGCUAUACAGUGUGCCAGCGGGCUCGUCUUCUCCCUGACGGGCAUCCUCAAGGACUUCUUGAUCGUUGUCGGCAGCUGCGUCUUCCAGGGCGGGCAGAUCACGUCCACGCAGCUCGUCGGGUACGCCAUCGCGGUCGCAGGCCUCCAGGCAUAUGGCGUGGUCAGCAGGUCGCCGGCAGAUUUCGAGGACGGGGUCGUGGUGGAGAUCCUCCAGAGGACGGCGUCGUGGCAUGCGUCCAAGGAGGACGACCAGAGUGUGAUCUCUAGCCUGCAGUCCGACUCCACUGGACCUUCCCCG